CGGCGCGCCCGGGCCAAUGGGAGCGCGGCUCGGCUGCGCCGCCCAGUGCGGGCCCGGUGCGCGGAGCUGGCGGCGCGGCCGCGGGCGUGACUGGUAACUAGCACCAACGUCCUCCCUUUGCCUCUGUAGCUGCAAGGAAUGGCUAUGGAAGAUGACAAGAAGACUGAGGUAGUACUGCUGGCCUGUGGCUCCUUCAAUCCCAUCACCAACAUGCAUCUAAGGCUAUUUGAGCUGGCUAAAGACUACUUCAAUGAAACAGGAAAAUACAAAGUCAUCAAAGGAAUCAUUUCACCAGUAGGUGAUGCCUAUAAGAAGAAAGGUCUGAUCAGUGCAGAUCACCGAGUAGCUAUGGCAAAACUAGCUACAAAAAACUCAGAUUGGGUGGAAGUGGAUGAUUGGGAAAGCAGCCAGAGUGAGUGGCUGGAAACGCUAAAAGUUUUAAGGUACCAUCACCAAAAGCUUUUACCUCCUGAUCCUGCUAAUAGUCUGCAGAAUGCUGUACCUUUAACAAAGCCAGGACGGAAGAGGAAACAGGAACCAAACAGGCAUGAUCCUGUUAAAAAGAAAAACCAAAGUCCAGAUAUAAAAAGUGUCCCACAGGUUAAACUGCUCUGUGGAAGUGACAUGCUGGAAUCAUUUGGGAUCCCAAAUCUGUGGAAGUUGGAGGACAUCACAGAAAUUGUGGAAAACCAUGGCCUUGUGUGCAUCAGCAGGGCUGGAAACAGCGCUCAGAAAUUCAUCUACGAGUCUGACAUUUUGUGGAGACAUAAGGAUAACAUUCACCUCGUGGAAGAGUGGAUCACAAAUGACAUUUCCUCCACUAAGAUUAGGAGAGCGCUGCGGAGGGGUCAGAGCAUUCGUUACCUAGUGCCUGAUGUAGUUCAGGCAUACAUAGAAAAACAUAAUCUGUAUAGUCCAGAGAGUGAAGACAGGAAUGCUGGGCUUAUCUUGGCUCCCUUACAGAAACAGGCAGGUGAAUCCAAGAACUAAGAGGCACCAGACACCCAACUUUCUGCUGUGCAAAAAAAUACAGUCUGGUACAGGAAAAUAUGGGCUUGUGAGAUUUUUUGUUUGUUUGUUUAGGUUUUUUGUUUGUUUUUGAAGUAAGUAGUGAGCUAAUUCUGUGGCUUUAGUACCUGUGUAGUUGCUGUUGAGGUUUGGUGCAUUUGGUAAUUGGACUUGCAUAGUCUUUUUAAAAUUCAAUAAUAUGAUUUUCAUGUUGAAACAUUUUGUCUCAGUGCUGUGAACUAAGGAUAAGAAUGCACACUUGAAUAGGAGAGCUACAGAUUAUCAAAGUAACUGAAUGCUCUGAUUAGUUUUAACUCUGGCUGCUGUUUAUAAAAGAACAAAAACGUUUGUAAUAACUUUUGGUGUCUUAACAGACAAAGCUAUUUCAUUUCUUCAUGUACCAUUUACUGAUGGUAAAACUAUAGAGAGAACUUCUUCCAAAGUCACCAACAUGUGCUGCAUCUCAAAGAAAUUACUUAGCUCUAUCUUGGAAAGGAAAAAUAUACUCCUAGCUGAAGUGGUGUUAGACACACCAUGCUUCGAGCUGCCUGUUGUGUAAACAUCCAGUCUGUUUGUCUGCUGUUGUGCAAUUAGCUCCCAGAAAUGCCUUGUGCUUUACCUUUCCGUUUGUGUUUCCAGAGCUGUACAUUAAGCUCAGUACUGUUUCUCAUGGAAGGACAGACCUACUUCCAAAACUGGUUUAUAGCCAAUGAUUUAUUGGAUAGAAAUUAAUAAUGGUGUCAUUGCAGGGAUUCCCAGACAGUUGUCCCUUUAUUCCAAACAAUAAAAGAGCUUUUACUUCUGAACCAAAUGUAUAUAUCCAGAACUGCUUUCUGUGGGAGGAGCUGAGAAGUGGUAGGAUAUUAAGAGUGUAUGUAAGUGAAACGGUUUGGUUUGCUAGAAAUCUUGUGUUGAGUCUAACUGUGUAAUGUCUGUAUUAUGUGAAUGUAAACUAGAGAGGCACUGUGAAUGCCAUGGGGAUGGAAUUCUACCUCCCUUCAUUUGCUAUCAUCCCAUUUUUGUUUGGAUUCUGUGCCUUACUAAAAAUAUCAAGGUUUCCAAUUGACCCAAUGGGUCAACAGCUUUUUAAUGAGAUCUCCACAGCAUGACUCUGUUCACAUUUUUCAGACCAAAAACUCGAGCAGGAUGAGAGACAUGUGAGCCUAGAUGCUCUUGGGCAAGUCUGUAACCAGGGACACAUUCCAGGAUCACAACUGGCACAAUCCAUCAUCCUCCUUCCCUGGGCAGGGGAUCCCCAAAGAGCUGAGGCAGAAGUCUUGGCUUCCUUAGCAGCUUAGGGGGAGUCCGGAAACCAGAAACCAAACACAGAAUAUCACAAGGGGCCUAGGAUCUUUACAUCUUGUAUAAAACCCAGCAGGGGAGUCAAAACACUGUUAGGAAAACCUAACUAGCUAGCACUGGGCAUACAAACUUGGAGUCCCACAUGAAAUUCUGCAACUUCCAUACAUUACAACACCUGUUCUGCCAGUUGUAGCCUGCAAAGGUGGCUGGCUGAAGAGAAUCUACAAGGAGAUCAGUGUAAUAAAAUUGAGUCACAGCUUAGAAGUGCACCUGUAGCUGCACUGUGACAGAUUAAAAAAAACAGAUCAUGUAGCAUCAAGUAGCAUCAUGGAUUCUUAGAUUUUUUUUCUUGAUGGCUCCUGCAUCACAUGUGCUGUCUGCUGUUUCCCCCCUACAGCUCUGACCAGUUUACACUGUCCUCUGAUAAAAAGGCUGAGUUCAUUUGUCAUCAAUAUAGUAACAGAUAAAUUAUGCCUCUCCUGACACCUCAGCAGUCAAACUGCCAGACCUGAUUGAAGAUAACUAUUCUUGAUGAUGUGUAGGAAAGAACAAGACCUACUUCUCUCUUUUGCUGUCUAUCUUUAUUACUGGCAGCAACACAGGACAAGAAAGAUUUAUCUUCAGCACUGAAGUCAGCCAGCAUGCUUGUGAGUAAACAGAGAAAGCUCCUUGUUUGUGUGGUCACUUUUCAGAGUAAAACUGCACUUUAAAUCUAGGUUUAUUCUUCCAGUAAAUGAUGCUGGGGUGUGUUGAUGCACUUGUGUAACUUUAGAGAAACUGCAAAUUCACUAGGAUGUUCUAUAAACUUUUGAUCUUCAGUGAUAACAUUUCACUGGGUUUGCUGUAGUUAUGUGUGAUGGGUCUUUCAAUAAAACAGACUGCAUGGAA